AUGGACUCAUACCAUAGAUCCACGCAAGCAAUCCUAGCUCCUGUGCUGUCGUUCCUGGGCCUGACACUAUGUAUUCCCCCGAUGGUAUGGCACGCAUCAAACCGUAACUGGGGUGCUUCUUUCCUCGUCGCCUAUGUCAUGUUCGAGGACUUGAUCAACAUCAGCAAUGCUCUCAUCUGGCCUACUGACGAUAUUGACUCCUGGUGGGACGGGGCAGUAUUCUGUGAUAUUCAGGUCAAGCUCAACGUUGCAACUCAAGUAGGUAUGCCGGGGGCUCUGCUGUGUGUAUUUCGCAGUCUUGCUCUGGCCAUGGACGUGAACAACUCCGCUUUGGUACCAAGUCGAGGCCAACGGCUGCGCAAUAAGGCUGUUAACGUGGUUUUCUGCAUUGUAUUGCCUGUUCUCCAGAUGGUAGCACAUUAUACCAUUCAAGAUAUCCGCUACAACAUCUUUGCUAUUGGGGGUUGCACUGCAGGGUUCGAUGAGAGUUGGCCGACCUUGGUGUUUCUAUUGUGCCCUUCUGUCAUCUACGUAGCUGCAGCGGUUUAUUGCUUCCUGAUUAUCAUCCGCCUGGUCAAAUACACAUCUGAGUUCUCCGCAAUUCUGGGUGCAUCAAGAAGCAAUCUGACCACUCAGCGGUUCAUCCGACUCUUUGGUCUUUCCUUAAUCAUGAUCUUGAUCAUCCUACCUCUUCAAAUCUACAUUCUUUUCGCCCAGAUUGAAAUAAUGCUCCCUCUCCACCCUUACUCUUGGGAAGGCACGCAUGGCACAGACCUGUCACGGAUCGAGAAAAUUCCGAGCAACGACAACUUACGAUUUGAACGUUGGAUUCCACCUGCUUGUAGCUUUUUAAUAUUCUCAUUCUUCGGAUUGGGACGGGAUGCGGCGAAUAUGUACAACAUCUUCUUCAAUGUUAUUGGGCUCAAAGGGUUCUCCGUGUCGUUUUCGAGUUUCAAGUCGACAUCGGACUCCUCCACUUCUUCUGCAGAGAACAACAAGGGCGGUUCUUGGUAUCGCUCCUUACGAUCAAAGAAAAAUAGUUGGCUGGGGUCUGGGCGAGCGUAA